AUGGAGGAUGAUGGAUUGAAUAUGCGAAAUUGGGGAUAUUACGAACCUUCAUUUAGGGAACAUCUCGGAUUGCAAUUAAUGUCUCCAAUUCCAGACACAAAACCUUUCCUUUCUACACGAGAAAGUUCAAUCCUGAUGAACCCUAAUCCCACUACAAAUCACCACCAUAUUCCCAAUUAUCCCCCUUCGGAUCCAUCGAUUCCAAUUCACUACAUGAGAGAUAGCUGGAUACAAAGAGAAAGAUUCCUCCAUAUCCUCCCCGGAAACCACAACUUUCCGGUCAUCCCCACCACUUCAACCUCCCACGUCAUGCCAUCAUUACACAUUGCGCCACCACCACCACUCGAUCUGUCAAAAGACACAGUCACGACCAUGGAAGACAAUGUAGUCGUCAGAAAAGACAGUGUCAGUGUCAAUGGCGGUGAUGGUGGUGGUUCGGUGAAGAAAAGAGGCGGCACCACCGCCGCCGCCGCCGCCGGAAAACCUCCAAGAGCAAAGAAACAAAAAAAGACUCCUUCUACACCAAAAGAAAACGGUAACUCUUCUUCUCAACGUCCAAAAACAAUGAAAAGAAACAUGGAUGUGGUCAUAAAUGGAAUAGACAUGGACAUUUCUGGGAUUCCGAUACCUGUGUGUUCAUGCACCGGAGCUUCACAGCAAUGUUACCGGUGGGGCUCCGGUGGGUGGCAGUCCGCCUGCUGCACCACCACCAUCUCCAUGUAUCCACUUCCGAUGAGCACCAAACGCCGUGGGGCAAGGAUUGCAGGGAGGAAGAUGAGUCGAGGGGCAUUUAAGAAAGUCUUGGAAAAGUUAGCGUCUGAAGGAUAUAAUUUUGCAAAUGCGAUUGAUUUAAGAACUUUUUGGGCAAAACAUGGAACUAAUAAAUUUGUCACCAUUAGGUAG